AUGGCUUCACCAUCAAAAUUUAAAAUUUCUUGUAUUCAAUUAGCCGUUUCUUCGGACAAAUCGUUAAAUCUUCAGAAUGCUAAGAAUAAAAUUUUAGAAGCUUCGAAAAAUGGGGCAAAGCUUGUUGUAUUACCGGAAUGUUUCAACUCAACUUACGGGGUACAAUAUUUCGAUCGUUUUGCCGAGUGUAUUCCUAAUGGGGAGAGUGUAAAGACCCUAUCGGCAGCGGCAAAGGAGGCUAAUGUCUAUCUUAUUGGAGGGUCUAUCCCUGAACGUGAGGAACCUUCAGGAAAAUUAUACAAUACUUGUACUGUUUACGAUCCAGAAGGAAAUUUGAUUGCGAAGCAUCGUAAAGUUCACCUGUUUGACAUUGAUAUUCCUGGCAAGAUUACCUUCCAAGAGAGUGCGACCUUAAAUUCAGGAAAUUCUUUGACAUGCUUUGAUACUGAAUACGGUAAGAUCGGUGUAGGGAUAUGUUAUGAUAUUAGAUUCCCGGAGAUGGCCAUGAUCGCCGCUCGAAGAGGUUGUAUUGCAAUGGUUUACCCAGGUGCUUUUAAUCUUACCACUGGACCUUUGCACUGGGAGCUUCUUCAAAGAGCUAGAGCCGUAGAUAAUCAGUUUUACGUGGCUACAUGUUCUCCUGCUCGAGACACGAGUGCAUCUUAUAUUGCAUGGGGAUAUUCCACUAUUGUGGAUCCGAAUGGUCAAAUUCUCGCGACGACGGAUCAUAAAGAGGAUAUUAUUUACGCUGACAUAGAUUUAGAACAUUUGAAAACAGUUCGACAAUCUAUUCCGAUAUACAACCAAAGACGAUUUGAUUUAUAUCCUAAUGUUGCAGAAAACUUCAAGGAAUAG